CUAAAUUCUUAAAACACAAAAAAUUAGGAACACUCGCAUUUCUGAGAGUCGCAAAAGACCCACAUAGCUUUCUCAUUCUCAUCCAUGGAGACCCUCAAAUCAUCCUUCCCCAUCUUCACCACCAACCCAUUUUGCCUCUCCAAAAAGCCCCUAAAACCCUCCAAGGUUUCAAUCAAACCACCUCCACCAGACUUUGAUUUUAGAACCGAAAUCCUGGAUGAUUCAAGAACCAUAAUAGCCCAAACUUACCCUGAAUUGCUUGAUUUGGCUGAUACUGGGAGCUUGGUAUUGAUUGAGAAAAGACGGUAUGGUCCAGUACCAGCAUGGAGGACGGAGUUUGUGGAGCCGGAGAAGAUAUGGUUGGUCGGGACCACCCACAUAUCACGGGAAUCGGUUGAGGACGUUGAGCGCGUUUUGCGGGCUGUGAAUCCUGAUAAUGUGGUGGUGGAGCUAUGUAGAAGCAGAGCUGGAAUCAUGUACGCUUCCAAUGAUGGUGCGGCUGUCCAGCAAUUACGUUCAAAUAUGUUUUCUUUGAGUGGGACUGAAUUCUUUGGUGCAGUUGGUCGUAGCAUAAACUUGGGGGGUCAAACCGCUCUAGCACUACGUCUACUACUGGCAGUGUUUUCCUCAAAAAUCUCUUCAGAUAUCAACCGCCCUUUUGGUGAUGAGUUCCGUGCUGCUCGAAAAGUAUCUGAAGAAGUAGGAGCUCAAAUAGUUUUGGGAGAUCGUCCAAUUGAGAUAACGCUUGAAAGGGCUUGGAAUUCUCUAACAUGGACUGAGAAAUUGAGUUUAGUGACAUCAGUUAUUCGUGGGAUAACAUCAUCAUCUGAUAUGUCUAGGAACGGUCUCAAGGAGCCAAAUUCAGAUGAUAGCACCUUUCGACUCUACGAGCAGCUAAGUUUUUCAUAUCCAUCACUCCUGCAGCCUCUUAUACAUGAACGAGACACUUACCUUGCAUGGUCACUAAAGCGAAGCAAAGCUGUGAAUAACAGUAAACGAGUGGUGGGGGUGAUUGGAAAGGGGCACAUGAAUGGAGUGAUAUACGCAUUGGUAUCAGACCAAGGAAACUUGAGGUUUCGGGACCUUGCAGGGAAGAGGCCAGAUGGUGAUCCUGGCUCCAAUCGUUGGGUUGAUAGUCUUCUUAAGAGUUUGGUUAGAGACACUGUAAUUGGCAUUCUGCUGUGGGCAUUAUAUGAACAAAUAAAAGGUGGAGCCUAGAGUCGGGUGAAUGAUCCUCAUUUUCAACUAUUCUACUUUAUUUAUUCAAAAUUCUAUAAUUAUAAAUAUGCAUUAUUUAUGUUAUUUAAUAGAACAACUAACCAUUAAGUGUGUUA